CUGCUUUUGCUUCUUUUUGGCUCAGUGUCCGGCGCCGAUCACUAUUCUACAGCCUCCUGCACAGAGCACCCCCCGAACUGCUCCAGAGGUAAAGACAGCACGAGAUGCUCCAAUUGACAUCUCCUGGAUCUCCCUAUUUAUGAUGUAGAAAAGAAUCCUUUUAAUCGUGAGAGAAUUCACAUCAAAAGACUAUUUUCAUAUUUAGAAAGUAGGAAAUAUUGUCCUAAGGAAAUCGGAACUUAAAUGAUAAAGAUUCACACAGUAGAGAAGCCAUUUUCACGUUCAGAUUGUGGAAGAUUUGUAUCCAUCUGCUCUUGUUUAUCUGAGAAUUCACACAGAGAGACCAUUUUCAUGUCCCGAGUGUGAACAGUGGUUUGGUCAGGAAUCAAGUGUUAUGGAGCCUCAAAGAAGUCACACAAGGAAGAAACCAUUUGCAUGUUCUGAAUGUGACAAAUGUUUUAUUCAGAAUUCCAAUCUUAAAGAUCAUCUAAGAAUUCACACAGGAGAGAAGCCAUUUUCAUGUCCUGAAUGUGAACAGUGUUUUACCAAGAAUUCCCAUCUUGUAGAUCAUCUAAGAACUCACACAGGAGAGAGGCCAUUUUCAUGUCCUGAAUGUGAACAGUGUUUUACCAAGAAUUCCCAUCUUGUAGAUCAUCUAAGAACUCACACAGGAGAGAAGCCAUUUUCAUGUCCUGAAUGUGAACGGUGUUUUACCAAGAAUUCCCAUCUUGUAGAUCAUCUAAGAACUCACACAGGAGAGAAGCCAUUUGUGUGUUUUGAAUGUGGGAAAUGUUUUACAGGUCAAACAAGUCUUGUUAUACAUAAGAGAAGUCACACAGGAGAGAAGCCGUAUUCGUGCUCAGAAUGUGGAAGAUGUUUUGCUGAUAAAUCGGCUCUUGCUUAUCAUAUGAAAAAUCACAGAGAAGAGAAGCAAUUUUCAUGUUCUGAAUGUGGGAAAUGUUUUAACUGUAGAUCGAGUCUUGAAAUGCAUCAGAGAACUCACACAGGAGAGAAGCCAUUCUCAUGUCCUGAAUGUGGAAAGUAUUUUAGUCAGAAUUCAAAUCUUAAGAAACAUCUAAGAAUUCACACAGGGGAGAAGCCAUUCUCAUGUCCUGAAUGUGGAAAGUAUUUUAGUCAGAAUUCAAAUCUUAAGGAACAUCUAAGAAUUCAUACAGUGGAGAAGCCAUUUUCAUGUUCAGAAUCUGGGAAAUAUUUUAAGUAUAGGUCACAUCUUGCUGAACAUCGGAGAACUCACACAGGGGAGAAAGCAAUUGUCAUGCCCUGAAUGUUGGAAACAUUUUAGCCAAAAAUCAGGUCUUGUUGAAAGAGUUCAUACAGGAUAGAAGCCAUAUUCAUUUUCAGAAUGUGGAAAUGUUUUAUUAGUAAAUCAGAUCUAGUUAACCCCCUUAAGGACCCGUGCCUUACAUGUAUGGCGCUGGUGGACGUGACUUAAGGACCAGCGCCGUAAACGUACGGCGGAGUGAUCGGAUAGUUGCAGGAGCUGCGCCCGCCCGAUCAGCGGCAGGGGUCCGGCAGUCACUGAUAGCAGGUAUGUAUGUGCUGGCAUCGGUGAAAACACUGAUGCCCGCAUUAACCCUCACACUGCCACGGUCAGCGCUGGCCGCGGCAUGUGUGAGAUCCUGCCGGGUGUGGGUGGCCAUCGGGUCCCCCGCUGCUGUGAUCACCUUGAUCACAAAAAGUGUAAUACCAAGUGAUCAAAAAGUCAUAUGCAUCCCAAAAUAGUGCCAAUCAAACCGUCAUUUCAU